AUGAAUGAGAGUUCCUGUUGCUCCAAAUCCUCACCAGCAUUUGGUUUUGUCAGUGUUUUGAAUUUUCUCCAUUUUAAUACAAUGAGUGUAUUCACUGCCAUCCUUUCAAGCAUUGUGACAAAUGUAUUCCUUCUGUCUUAGCUGAGGCUCUUUUGACAUGGCUGUCAUUGCUGGUCAUCUAAUUGGACAUGUUGUCCUGGAAACUGUAGUGGCCAUUUAUUUUUUAGAAUGGAACAGAAAACAGAAGAUUGGCUCUGAUCAUUUUGCCAGGGAGAAAUUCCAUUCUGAACAACUGACUCACUGUUUAUGAAUCUUUUAUUGAAUCUUUUAUUAGUUGGAGCUAUUAAUAACUUCACCUCCGACAGGUUUGAGUGAUAGGUUUGCUGAGAAUGAGUAAUGCUUCUAAAACCCAGACCCAAAAUCUGGGUUUAGUUACAUUAAGAAAGCAGCCAGUAUAAGUAAGUAUCCAUCCCAAGAUUUCUUAAAACUAUGAUGGAAUCCAACCCUGUUAGGAAAAUUCUCUUAUUAGAGAGUAAACCUCAGAUCCCUUUUAUCUUUGUCAAUGGACCUUGGGCUAAAAGGAAAGACAUUUAACAUUUACUGCAUGCCAAACAAUGCUAGGUCAUUCCACAUAACAUCUUUUUUAUUCCUUAUAAUUUCCUUUUGAAAUACUUUGUACUAUAUCCAUUUACAUAAUAAUUCCUCAAAUGCCCAAGUUUCCUUCCUCUCCCCAUCUCCUCAGCCUUUAUAUAUGUUGUCCCUCCACCUGGAACAAUCUUACUCCUCCUUUUUGCCCAAUGAAUCCCUACUUAUCCUUCAGAGUUCAUUUGAGGUGUCACUACUUUAAGGAAGCCUUCCCCAUCCCCUAGGUUUGUUUCCUUAUGCUCUCAAAGUGCACUGUAUGUCAAUAGCACAAGAAAUUAUAUGAUUAGUCAUUUAAUAUCAUUUCUGAUAAAGUGUAAGCUGCAUGAACACAGGAACUGUGUCAUUUUUCUGUGUUAUUUGUAGUGCCAAGUAUAGUUACUUACAGGUGUUCAGUAAAUAAUCGUAUGAUUAUGGCAAACAAAAGUUGAAUGCUAAAAAAAUAUUAAAAAUUUAAAUAAAUAAAUUUUAAAAAUAAAAAAGUUGAAUACUAAUCUGUUACAACUUGACAACCUUCCUUUAUACCAUAAACAGAACCUAACAGGAAGUAUUCUUUAAUGAAAUUACCCAAGAGGCUCUUACUCAACUCUAUUUCAGUUACAGAUUAGCUAACUAUAAGUUAUUCAGUGAUCCUAUGUACUGGCUAGGGUGUGGUUCUGAGAUAAGAAACUUAGAGUCUUCAACAAGUUUAUCCAGUUCUGUGUAGAAAAGCAUUUCAGAGAAGUCCUACCUUUCUGAGCAGCUAUUUUUGACGAAAGCUGGUGGGAAAGGUUCCUAAUUGGACCUAUCGUCCAAUUAGGAAAUUAUAAGAGAUAGACACAUCUGCUGGUUUACCAGUGUUUCUAACUUCCUGCUGGGCUGAAAACUGCUUGUUUUGUGGAAGAGUAAAACUCAGCAGCAAACUCUAAAAUGAAAGGCCUCCAAACUUUUGAGGAACAAACAGAAUGCAUCGUGAAUGCUCUACUCACAGACUUCUUGGGUCCAACAUUGAAGGUUGCUAACCGGGCCCUAACCUGUGUAGAUGAACCAGAUUCAGGAGAGGCUUGCCCUGACGUGGCUAUCAUUGUUGGUCGCCUCCGGAUGCUGGGUGACCAGUUUAAUGGAGAAUUGGAAGCUGCUGCCAGAAAUAUCGAAGGAACCACUGAGGGACAGGUAGGGUCUGUACUCCAGGAUAUAGUGAAAUCUCUCAGCCAGAAAUGGUGUGCUCAAGAUCCCAACUUAGCUUAUGAGAGAGCCUUUCUGUCAGUUUCAGUGAAACUUCUUCAGUAUGUGGCCAACAUGGCUCCUAAAAAGGCAAGAGACAUGGCUAUUCCCAUGAUAGGUAUGAUCAAUGGGAACAGAGCCAUCCGGGAAUUCAUCCAGGGCCAAGGAGGUUGGGUAAGUAUGUUGGGGCUCCUGGCUUUGCUAGGCAUUUGCACUGUUUUUGUAUUAAUACAUCAUUUUCCAAUUCAUGACCCUUUCUAUAAGUUGGAAAGCAAGCAGGAAAACAGGCCUCCCUACUUUGCCGAAAAUGCCCAGAUUUUCUUACUAUACAAAAGGGGAGCAGAUUCAGAAGCUCAGCCUGUGGGGAUUGGACUCCAGAGUCAUGCUACCCAAAAUGUUGACUGCUGACUCUCAUAAAGCUAAUCUUUACUUCCUGCACAUAAUCAUCUAUAAAAUGUAUUUAUGGUAGAGUUCUAAUUUUAGCCUGGCUUCACUUUACUGCCUGGUAAAUUUCUGGGUCUUCUUUCCUUAACGUCUUUAGAUGUGUACUGAGGAAGUUCAGGAUCAUCUAAAUAAUUAUCUAACGACAGUCUUGUCUGCUAUAGUGAUAACUGUAGGAGGCAUUCUAAGCCCAUGACUUCUGCUGUCAUGGAGCACUCUCCCCUCCAUUUCCAGGAUCAGUAGAAACCUUAGUAAGAGCUGUAUUCUGCAGAAGUAUCUAUAGAUAAUACCCUGGUUUCUUAGAAAGUUCCUGAGCACCAUUCCUUUGACUGUAGGAUUUUCACUGUCUU